UCAUGCAUCUUGUGAUCUCUUAUCUUAUAUCGCUCGAGAAAAAUGGAAAAAAAUACCCUGUUUUUGACUAACGUGAUCAGAGAUCACGAGAUCAUCAGCAAGCCGUGGAUUCGAUAUUUGUUUCUCUUCAAAGCACUAGUUCUAGAAUUGACUGACGUCCUACAGAAUGGUGAUUGCAAAAUUACUUGACAUGUAUAUAUCAUACAAUUGAUGAGCCCGGAUAACAAUUAUGCCCAGGGAGAUAGCAAUAAAGAGAUUUCAAGAGAGAUUUGGAAAGAUGUUAAGAUCCCCCAUUGUGCUAAUCGUACUACUUGCCUGCAUUCAAGCAUGCAUUGCAAAUGAAGAAUGGAAGCAGCUUCAUCGAAAGCAGCCACAAGGGCAGCACAGCGUCGUAAACGCAGCAGCAGCAGCAAGAGACAUUAAUCUGGGUGAAAGUGAUUUCCAGUGCCCGACUGGCUACGUUGUCUACCCUGAUACUCAAUGCAACCGAUAUUAUACUUGCUAUGGAGGCCAGCCAACCUAUUUAAUGCAGUGCGAAGCAGAUUUGCUCUUCGAUCUGACUUACUACGGUUGCAACUGGAAAGAACAGGUUGACUGUGGUGAUCGUGUUCCUCCUGGACAAGUGACGACAACUACUCAAACACCAAUUGGAAAUUUUACCUGCCCGGAAGCGAAUGGGUUUUUUGCAGCUUAUCCUGAUUAUUGCGACCCCAACUACUUUGAAUGCCUUGAUUGGGUUCCCUAUCCUGCCAAAUGUCCAGCAAACGGCGUUUUUGAUCCGAUUUCAAAAGUCUGCGUCUCGCCUGAUUCACCGGCUUGCACAAAAUACACAACCACCCCCUCAACUACCACCCCUCCGAUUACCACUACGACAGCGGCCUUUCAGUGUCCAGCCGAAGACGGUUUUUAUCCAAUAAGCGAAACCACCUGCAGUAGUAACUACUAUGCAUGCCUCGAUGGAAAUGCAUACCUUGAAACUUGUCGGGGCUACAGCGUGUUCGACCCAAUUGAAAAGAUUUGCACCACUAAUAGUUCCUUUUGUGGUGUGAUUACGUCACCUACGGCUUCACUCACGUCAACCACGUCAGCUGCAACACCGACAACCACCAAGCCUUCCGGAACGUCCGCUCCAUUCACCUGUCCAUCGCCAAAUGGAAAUUUUGCCGAUCCCAACUCCUGCAACCAAUACUACCAAUGUUCCAACUCUAAUCCUAAUCUAUUUGUUUGUCCGGCAGGCCUUGUUUUCAAUCCUGCAAUUGGAACAUGCGAUUGGCCUUACAACGUUCCAGGCUGUGAAGGAGGUUCAUCAGAUCAGGCCGGAUCGCAACAAAGAAACAAGUUUGGUGGGGAAAACGCUCGCAUUUCUGUUGACAAAGGCGCCAAGAUUUAAAAUAACGGAUUUAUUAGUUCGGGCCUUUCCGAAAAAUGUAAGGAUGACGAAACUAGAAAUAUGGCAACUUUUACAUUAUAUGCCCUUCACCUAAAAAUGUUUAACAACCCGGUUGUGAACAUAUGACAAUUUAAGACUCAACUCCAGAAUACAGUUUACAUAGCAAUAAACGCGGUCUGUUGUAAA